CUGGUUCCUCUGAUGGCGCAGGGGCACAUGAUCCCCAUGGUCGACAUGGCGCGCCUGCUCGCGGAGCGCGGCGCGCGCGUCACCCUCAUCACCACCCCGGUCAACGCCGCACGCAUCCGCCCCAUCAUCGACCGGGUCAGCAGGUCGAACCUCCCCGUCGCCUUCGAGGAGCUCCCGUUCCCCUGCGCCGAGCUCGGCCUCCCCGAGGGCCACGAGAACAUCGACCUAAUCACCCAGCACGACGGGUUCCGGACCUUCUUCGACGCCCUGCGCCUGCUCCGUGGGCCCCUCGAGCGCUACCUCCGCGCCUGCUCCCCGCGCCCCAGCUGCAUCGUCGCCGACGGAUGCAACGGCUGGACCGCGGACGUGGCGCGCCGCCUCCGCAUCCCGCGGUUCGUGUUCCACGGGCCCUCGUGCUUCUACUCCCUCUGCGACUACAACAUGAUGCGCCACGGGGUCUACGAGCGCGUGACCGACUACUCGGAGCGCUUCGUGGUCCCCGAGGUGCCCGUGCGCGUCGAGGUGAACCGGGCCCAGGCCCCGGGCUUCUUCAACUCGCCCGGGUGGGAGACCGAGCGCGACGAGUCGAUCGCGGCCGAGGAUACCGCGGACGGGGUCGUGGUCAACACCUUCGCGGAGCUGGAGCGCCCGUUCAUCGAGUGCUACGAGAAGGCGCUGGGGAAGAAGGUGUGGACGCUGGGGCCCCUCUGCCUCUACAACAAGGACGCCGAGGGCAUGGCGGCGCGCGGGAACAGCGCCGCCGUCGACCACCGCCGAGUCGUCGCCUGGCUCGACACCCGGGAGCCCGGCUCCGUCGUUUACGUGAGCUUCGGCAGCCUCGCGCUCUCGCGGCAGGCGCAGCUCGUCGAGAUCGGGGCCGCGUUGGCGGCGUCGCAGAGGCCCUUCAUAUGGGUGAUAAAGAGCGCCGAGCUGGUCCCCGAGAUGGGCGCCUGGCUCCGGGACGAGUUCGAGGAGGCCACCCGGGAGAGGGGGCUCGUGGUCAAAGGGUGGUCCCCGCAGCUGACCGUCCUCUCCCACCGGGCCGUCGGAGGGUUCGUCACGCACUGCGGCUGGAACUCCCUGCUGGAGGCGAUCGCCAUGGGCGUGCCCGUGCUGACGUGGCCGCGCUUCGCCGACCAGUUCCUCAACGAGAGGCUGGUCGUGGACGUCCUCGGCGUCGGGGUGUCCAUCGGGGCGAAGAUGCCGACCUCCGUUCUACACGAGGACUCGGUGGCGCUGGUGAAGCGAGAGGAGGUGGAGAGAGCGGUGGAGCGGUUGAUGGACGGAGGGGAGGAGGGAGAGGAGAGGAGGCGGAGGUCGAAGGAGCUGGGGGAGAAGGCGAAGAAGGCGAUGGAGGAGGGUGGUUCGUCGUACGUGAACACGGCGGAGCUGAUACAGAGUGUUAUGCUGGGGCGUGAAGGGGAGAGUAAGGAUAUUGAGGAUGUAAAAGAGAAACUAGUAUUAUUAUAAUAGAUGGAGAUGGAGUUGUAAGUACGUAGUCAUAGAUUGUACUCUAUAUUAUUACAUUAAUG